CAGGUGCGGAGAGGGGCCUGUUAUGGGGAGGGGGUAACCGGAGGGGGAGAGGGGGCUCGAUCCGCGAGGCAGCGUUCAGACACAGUGCAGGAAUCAUGGCGGAUGGCCCCAGGUGCCAGCGCAGAAAACAGACACAGCCACGACGCAACAACGUGAGGAGUUUUAGCAGUGUGCCAGAGGCAACUUCAGAUUCAGAUGAUGAAGACAAACUGCACAUUGCAGAGGAGGACAGCAUUGCUGACGAUCCCGACCUAAAGUCCUCAGUAUUCCAGCUCGAAGCAGCACAGCAGCUCUCUGAAACAUGCACACAGGACGAUGGCAGCCUGGGGCCAGAUACUUUAAUAGAAGAAAUAAGGGUCAAAGAGGAGUGUGUCACUGAUGAGGAAGAGGGUGCUGAUGAUGAAGUGGACGAUGAGGAAAAGCAGACGGAAACAGAGCACGUUUACUCAGACGUCCCAGAGGAGCAUCAGAGAACGCCAGAGCGAGGGGUCCACGAUGAGAACGGUACUCCUGAUGCAUUCCCGCAGCUGCACACCUGUCCGCACUGUUCCCGCGGUUACAAGCGUCACACAUCGCUCAAGGAGCACAUUAAACUACGCCAUGAGAAGAGUGAGGACAACUACUGCUGCUCCCUCUGUAGCUACACCUUCACCUACCGCACGCAGCUCGUCCGUCACAUGACCGCACACAGACACGUCCGGGAGCAGCGGACUAUUACUCAGUCAGGCGGAAACAGAAAGUUCAAGUGUACAGAAUGCUCCAAGGCCUUCAAAUACAAACAUCACCUAAAGGAGCACCUACGCAUACACAGCGGUGAGAAGCCAUAUGAGUGCUCUAACUGUCAGAAGCGUUUCUCACACUCGGGGUCCUACAGCUCUCACAUCAGCAGUAAGAAGUGUGCGAGUGUGACCCCUGCGGUCAACGGCCUUCCUCGCACACCUGGAGUGAAAACGGCUCUUACUGUUUCUCGCCCCACACACAUCCUUCUAAGGGAGAAGACGGACAUUACCAACAAGCCUCUACAAGAGCAGCUCCCCCUGAAACAGAUCAAACAGGAGCCUGUCGAGCAGCAACCCAAACCUGCGCCAGCAACACCCAUUAUAGCCGCCGCCACUACCAAUGGAGUCGUGGCUCCACAAGGCGUUGUCCAGACACUGGUCCUGCCCACUGUUGGGCUUGUCCAGCCAAUCAGCAUCAACCUAAGCGACUUACAAAAUGCGCUUAAUGCAGCAAUGGAAGGGAAUGUUAUCAGGCAGGUGUUGACUAGCACCAAUGCAAACGGAGCAAACGCUAAAAUCGUAGGUCAAGUGCCGGCGCAGGCGCAAGCUGUCGUGUUACAGCCACAGCAGGCGCAGCCGCAGGUGAUCUCUGCCAUCUCUCUGCCGGUUUUGGGACAAGACGGAAAUGCCAAAAUUAUCAUCAACUACAACCCCCAGCUGGAUUCACAACUCAAGGCAGUAAAAGUGAACACAACACAGCCCACAGCAACACAAACCAGUACGGCGCAGGCAAAAUCUACAGUGUCCGACAUCGUACAGCCAAAUGUGGUGCAGUUUCAGUCGGUGCAGUCCAACUCGACUGAAACCCAAACAUCAUGUCCCCCGAAACCUACACAUGUAAACAUCAUUAAACCAGUCCAAGCUGGAAACCUCAGCAAACCGGCGUCUAUCAUCAAGAUAACGCCUGCACAGGCUGCCAGGCUGGUUCAAGCUCGGGCGGCACAACCAAAGCUCACCCAGCAAACUUUACUGCUGGUGAGAAGGGCAGAUGGGACGCAGAGCCUCGUGGUUCGACAGAUACCUGUCACCAAUUCCAACACGAAGAGCACUGAGACUAAAUCAUCCCCGGAGAAGACUACAAACACUCCUCCAGCGGAAGAGGAGGAGACAACUGAAAAUACAGGUUCGCUGGAGGAUAAAUGUGAAAAACAAAACCUGACAGCACCACCAGAAAUCAAAAUCAAAACCGAACCGGCCUCUCCGUCCAAGAUCGAGCCCGAAAUGCAGAGUGAGGAUGACAAAGAGAUGCAGACAGAUGAAAAUCAAGAAGGAGGGAAGCAAACAACAGUGACAACUGAGCCGGUCGUACACUCUGGAACAGUUCACUGUGGAGUCACCUGUGGAGAUAACUUCCACAAUUACGCAACGUGUCUGCUUUGCGACAGCUCCCUGGGCAAGCGUAAGCCUUCGGACUGUGAAGACAGUGAUGCCAAAGGGUCGCCCACAACUAUAUCUCUCUCCUCUCUACUGGAUAAGGAUAAGAGUGGAGCGGCAGAACGUCUCCUUCCUCUUCUGAAGGCCUACAGUCAGAACCCAGAGCCUAGCGAGGAGCAGCUGUCUCAGGUGGCCAAGACAGUCCGGUUACCUCUAGAGGCGGUCAUCAAGUGGUACCAGAAGAUGCGCUCCAAGAGGAUACUGCUCCAGGCUGCAGGCAACCUGAAAGAAAACAACCAAGAGAAAACUACACCAUCUGCUGUGCCUGAAGGAAUGAGCCCUACUCAAGACACUUGCACUCCCACUCAACCCCUUGAUGGCACUUCGUUGGACUCCCAAAAUGGAAGCGCCGCUUCACCCGCCUCCCCUCCAGCCAGUGUCUCCCCCGAUGACCUCGUCAUUGUAAAGACCGAAGACAUGGAGGAGGAGCUGCAGUGUGAACCGCUGGAUCUCUCGCUUCCAAAGUCCAGCUCCGCUCAAGCCAGCACCACAACUAAGCUGCCGGUCUCCACCCAAAAGGAACCGCUUAACCUCACCUGCCUCAAGAAGCAACCGCUGCCAGGCAACACCAUCUAUGUGACGCAGGCCGGCACGGGUCCACUAAAAAUUAUGACAACCCCAUUGCCAACACUGGUUGCUAUAGCAGAGCCAGGCGGUGUUUCCUGCAUUGGCACGGCAAUAUCCGGUAACAAACGAACCAUCCUCAUCCCUCAGCUCACCUACACCUACACCACCAACCCCAGCGUCAAAACACCUGACAACUCCCUGACAGACACAAAGGGGACCGUGAUCCUCAACAGCUGUACGAAGGUGGUGGACACCGCUUCGGACUGCGUGUCAGAAGACCAGAAUGAUGAAGACUCACCUCUAAUGAAGAAGAAGAGGAAGACCGUCGGUGGCCAGUACGCCUGCGAUCUGUGUGACAAAGUCUUCCAGAAGAGCAGCUCACUGCUGCGACACAAGUAUGAACACACAGGUAAGCGGCCUCACGAGUGCGCCAUCUGUAAUAAAGCUUUCAAACACAAGCACCACCUGAUCGAGCACUCGCGACUACACUCCGGAGAGAAGCCCUACCAGUGUGACAAGUGCGGGAAGCGCUUCUCUCACUCGGGCUCUUAUUCUCAGCACAUGAACCACAGAUACUCCUACUGCAAGAGAGACACUCAUGAGCUGCCGGAGCAGGUCAGCACCUCCACUCCUCCCUCUCAGCUCGACUCGGACGAGAGAGAGAGCGACGCAGAGGAGGAAGAGGAUUUGACCGCUCUGGACAUGAGCGAUAUCAGAGUGGUGCGAGUGGGAGAGGAAUAUGAGGAUGAGGAGGAGAGCUGUGGAGAGGAAGAGCAGGACCGAGGACGUGAGGAGCAAGAGACAGAGGAAGGAGGAAUGGUGAUGGAGGUGGAUCUCGGAGAUACUGACACUUUGGAGGAAGAAACCGUUGAAACGGAAGAUGCUAUGGAGACGGAGGAGUCAAAGGAAGAGGAAGCAGUUCUCACGAAUAAUGAAGAUAACACCGAGAUGGCAACCGAGGACUGAAGGGUGAACGCACUCAUGUGCGACUAAUGAAAGAGAAAGAAAAAAAAAAGAGAGAGAGACCGAAACUCCAACUCAACUAGACUUCGCAGGACUUCAAAGUUUCAGUUGUUUGGCUUUGUUCUGUUACCGAGCCGCUGAAUUAUGGGUAUGUCGAAUUAUCAGUGUUCAUGUGUUUUUGUUGCUCUGUACAGUCAGAUUUCUAUACCUUUAUAUUUGCCAAUGAAGUUUACGAAAAUCAGUAUUUUAAAGUUUUGAGAAACAAAACUAAAUUCUGCAAUGCAGGUAUAACUGGUUUACUUACGGGGGUGAUUCUCAUGAAAACUGUCAAGAAGGGUCAUAUUUCACUUGAGAAAAAAAAGAAGAAAAUUCUUAUUUUGCAUGAAGACAAUGAAGCCUAUUUUUAAAACCAUCACAGAUAUUUUUUAACGAACAUUUUUAUUGUAACAUUUAAGAACACCUGCAAAUAUGCAUUUAUUUUAAUUCAUGCCAUAAAAUGUUUUACUGAUGCUUAUUUAAAAUGUGUAUAUAUAUAUAUUGUCCAAAUAGAAUGGUUUUUAUUACUGUGAUACAGUAUUAAAUCAACUUAAUUGUGAAAACGCUCAAUCCUUAAAGUAGACUAUUUUCUUAAUGCAAAAUAAAAUAUUUUUCAACUUGAUUUUUUUUAGGCUGAAAUAUGACCUGGACAUUUCUUUGUGAGAUUAACCACAGAUACUUAAUGCCUCAAGUUUAAGAUACCAUUCAGUAUUUUUUCUUGUUAAUCAGGCAAGAUUUUGGUAGCAUUGCCUCAUUUCCCCAUCUGAUUGUUUAUCUGCCUUAUGAAGGAAAUUAAAUUGCACUUCACUAUUAAGAGCUCAUUUAUAAAAAGAAGAAAAAUGAGUUAAUUAUGGUAAUAUUCAUAGGAAUGCUUAUCAUUAAAAAAUUGAAUCGCUUUGAUAGAAUUUAAACUGGUGACUUGUAAUGAACUACUAAACUGAAUGAUAAUUCAAAUCAGUCUCAAAUUCUAUUAUAAUAAGCACUCCAAAAUAUUUGUCAGUAACUGUAAUGUUUUGAAAACAUACUUUUCACGAUCAUGCCAGCAUACUAAAAAAAAAAGUCGGGGAAAAAAAGCGUCAAAAGGCAGUUUCACCUGUUCUUUCAUUGAUCUUUGUGUGGCUUUAUGUUGUAAUGUGUCAGUCUGUGUUCAUAGGAGAUGCUCUAAGGAACUGCACACCCACAGCCUUAUAAAAGACCGCCAAGCUGUAAGUGCCAUUUACAAACAUUAACAUAGUACUCCACAGUCUAGAUUUUAGUCAGCUGACCAAGAAUUUAAAGAUGCAUAAAAAUGUCCACACUGGUCAAGGACACAGCGCAACAUUUGACAAAAAUAUUUCAGUUUCUAACACUGCCCUCAGCUGAAAUCAAAUGGCACACUGUCAAGCUGUUAUAGCUCAUGCUGGUUUUCUCUCUCCAAGCCCACUGUGGUGAAGAAUUGCCUAUUUAACCUUGCUAAAAGAAAAAGAUAAUACUAUAUAAGUAGCACCUCUAAACUAAACCAAAUCAAAUUUAAAAGAUUAAGCAACACUAUGUAAUUUUUUCUUUGUUCAAAAUUUGCUAAAUGUACAUAAUGAGCGAGUACAUCACAAAUUCAUCUACCGCCUUUUUGUUGUAUUCCUGCAUGAAUCGCCAUAGACUUGGAGAAGUAGCUCCGGUUAGAAUGUUCUCCAGCGGGAUGAGUGCAGUUCUGUUUAUUAACCUCUAGAGCGCCAAAAUUUACAUAGUGUUGCUUAAAUCAGGUGAGGAUUUAAAUUCAGUCCAUUUUAUUCAGAAAUCCAAGCUUUUUAUGCUUCACUCUUCUUACAGUAUUCUGUUUGGAAUCAUAUAAUAAUCAAAAACAAAUAGCCUAACCAAGUGAUGAAUAAAAACCAAUAAGAAGCAGGUUAAGGAUUAUUUGAUGCAUGAUGAUGAAAGAAAUGUACUUGAAAUGUAUGAACCACAGGAUUGUAUAGCUUGUAUAGGAGAGCGCAAGACCUCCAACUCAUAUUCAUCAGCAAGUGUUCUCUGUUAUGAAGUUUUCCAACAUGCACAGCCCUAUAGAUGAAACUAAACCUAGCAUCCCAAAGUCAUGCAGAAGGCAAAUACGGACCGUAUGUAAUAAGACUGUGAAGUGCACGAUGAAAGCAGCACUUUGGAAGAGGCGCAUAGGAUUAAAAAUGUUUUAGUUGAUUGUGUCUGAGCAGACCUUACAGUAUUAUUAAUUUCAAUGUAUUUCGAAAUGUUUAUUCUUUUUGUGUUUAUGCAUGUGUAUAUUGUGUAAUACCAUCAGUAUUAUUGUCACUGACAAAUGUUUCAUUUGUAGAACCUUUUAUAUAUGUCUUAUUUUUGUAUUGCUUUAUUUAUUGCGUGUGUGAUACACACUGUAGUUUAACACAAUGUAUUUUAGAAUUAAUCUCAGUGCCACGAAGGAGGUUAAACCCUUAUAUAUAAAGCUGAACUUCACAGUAUUCGUUUUAUAAUUUCAAGUUA